AUGCAAGAGGAAUCCGUCCGCCGGUUGACGGAUUGCCUGCACAAGGUUUUGCAAGAGGAAUCCGUCCACCGGUGGACGGUUUGCCUUCCAAUGUUGGUGAAAAAGUUCGGUCCACCGGUGAACGGAUUACGGCACAAGGAUGCAAGAGGAAUCCGUCCGCCGGUUGACGGAUUGCCUGCACAAGGUUUUGCAAGAGGAAUCCGUCCACCGGUGGACGGUUUGCCUUCCAAUGUUGGUGAAAAAGUUCUGCAAGAGGAAUCCGUCCGCCAGUGGACAGAUUGCCAUCCAAUGUUGGUGGAAAAGUUCGGUCCACCGGUGGACGGAUUACGGCACAAGGAUGCAAGAGGAAUCCGUCCGCCGGUGGACGGAUUGCCAUCCAAUGAUGCAAGAGGAAUCCGUCUGCCGGUGGACGGAUUGCCUUCCUAUGUUGGCGAAAGGGUUCGAAGAAUUCUUUCCACCGGUGGACAGGUUUCGGCAAAAAUGGGAAGAGCUUUCGGAUAGGCGUUGGAUGGAUUUUUAUGGGUUAAACCCAGGGCGUGACAAUAGUAAAAAAUUAAAUAAUUUAAUUAAUUAACUGCAGAAAUUAACGAAUUAACUUUUGUUUACGAUCAUAACAUCGCCACCUCUCUUUACACCACAUUGGUUUGCCGAUGACGUUUGACAGUUUGACAUCUCGUGUAAUUGUUGUUGUUGCGUUUGGUGGAAUAUUUUUAUUUUUAUCUUCAAAAAGAAAAUGGCUGGCCCGUACACUGGAUCCCUUGGGAAAGGACACCGAGUUCAGGAAACCUGUUGUAGCUGGCAAGUCCAAAGCAUCGUUUCGGUUUUCAAUCAGCUGAAAACUCGUCGGAACUAAGCGAGUGGACGGAUUCGGUUGAUAAAAAGAAGCGAGGUGAUUCCGGAAGUGGUGGAGGAUGACUGCGAACUUGAAGUGAAAAAGGUAGUAAUUUAUACGAGGGUGGACAACACAAUGUCAUUCCACCCUAAGAUCGAUCCGCCGUCAGGAGAACAGGUCGUGCCUCAACGACACACAUCUGGUGCGGGGCGUACAAGCCUGAACCUGAACCUGAACCUGAACGGCUACAACGCGAUCUUUAACACAAUGGUCGUGAACCUGUAAAGUGUCCUCGUGUCAAUGGAACGAUGUUCUUCUGCGACACUGGGUACAACUUCCAGCAAUUCCGCUCCUGGUGUACAGCUUGGUGGUCCAAAUGCUGACAACUCGUGCCAUUAGAUUUGGUCAGGUUCGAUUACCAUUACCGACCGAUGUUCGCUCGAUGGAGGAUUCAGAAGACUGGACGUGUUACGGUUCAGCUGCGGAUGCUACGUGCCGGAGAAAAAAAAAGUGAUUUGUUGAUUGUGACAACUCGGCUCUGGGGGUUUCAGCGUCGGCCUUCUACAAGGGCAAGCAUAAGAUGCUGGCCAGGUCGGCGAACGAGACUAACAACGCGCCGCCAAAGUACUUUAGAAGACUAAAAGGUAGGUAGCCCCUCAACAGUGGAUUAGUAUCAGAAUCUAUUAUCCUCUCAAUUCCAGAGCACGAAGCUGCUGCUGAACAUCGAGUGUUUCAUGAAUGAGAUUAACGUGUCCUCGCCGUUGCAACGGCAGAUAAUGGAGCAGAUGUGCGCGGGUCUACUGCAGCGCAUCGCGGCCAGCAUCAAGAAGUUGCUGGUAGAUUCAAAGCUGACCCCGGAGGAAAUACACGUGAGCCUGAGUUUACCUAUAGCAACGUGGAGCCCUACUCAAAGUUUUUUGGUGAAUAGUCCACCACCAAACCUGUGAGCGAGUUGUGGCGCUAUAACCACGGCAAAUAGUGUCCAGGGCAUUCGUGGAAAUACAAUGUCCCAUCCCAGAGGGUCCCGGAGUACCAAACCUUCUUAGCAUGGUGCUCCCAACGAAUACAACCAAAAUCUCGGAGCGUAUGGUGGUGUGUCCCCACGCUUCUUCCUCCCCUGUCGAUUCAGAAUUGUGUUGUUGUUCGAACACUCAGUGCUCAAACUCAACCCAAUUACGAGUCAUCUCUGCGAUACGGCUUUACGCAGUAGGCCUGGCCGGUUUAACGCUUGUAAUGUUUCAAUGCAUUUCGAUGCAAUGGCGCACUACAAAUGUUAAUAAAUGACAAGAAGAGUGCUAGGCGUCAUCUAACCUAAGGCACUCUCCAGGAUCCCUUCGAAAGAUUGGCUGCGCUAGGGUCUGAUUAGAUUAGAUUAGAUUAGAAUAGUCCACCACCAAACCUGUGACAAACGGGACCCGAACCCUGGCCCGCUCACCAACCCUGAUCCGACCGGCACAACUCGUCAGUAGCGUCGGCCAGAUUGUCAUCACAAGCAGUCCUACCACCCAGUCGCCGUCUACUUCGACCGCCCUGAGCUGGAAUAGUCGUCGAGCGGACUCAAAAUCCACGUCUCUCAAACCCACUCCAAUCCGGCCAUCGUAUUAUCGCGCCAGAUCCAUGAGCAGCAGCAGCUUUGCAACAAUACUCUCCCCCGCCAAGCGACGCACCAGCCGAAGUUGUAGUGGCCGCCACCACUGAUUUAUUUGAUUAGAAAUUCCCACCUGCGUUACGAGCCGAACAUUCUCCAGAGGUAGCGGAGGAAGAACCUGCCAAACCGGAGUUCUUCGAAAAGAACAAAGCAACCGUCGCCAAGAUGGAACCCGAGUUUAGAAGUUCGUCCAAGGUGAGCCUCCUUGAGAACCUCUGCCGAAGCAACCGAAUCCAGUUCCAACCUAGGUUCCAACGCACAGUAAUUAUACCAGCUGAUCGCCGUGCCGGCGGAAACUUCGACGGACCUGCGAUCGUGCUGAUUGUGGAAGCAUAAACACAAGCAGAUCAUUCUUUAUUUAUUGUUUCAAUUCCAACAACUCAAAGCCAAAAGUACCAACAUGCAGCUGAAUUAAAAAAACGAAAUAAAUAAAUAAUUAUU